CUGGAAUCAACUGCUCCGCUUUGAUGUUGAAACCUUGGACGCGCUCAAGGAAGUGGAGAAAAGCGAGGCUAGAACUCUGAGGAAUGAGCUGCGUGCGUUGGAAGUAGAAAUACCGGAAGGGGCGGAGAGUUCGGAUGGAUCUUCCUCGGGUGAGGAAUUGCUGGAUUCGGAUGGUGGGGAUUCUGCAAAAAGUUUGGAUAGUGAUGAGAUUGAGCAGAUAGCGAAGGGACUCAAGCGAGACAAUAUGGCAAGAAUCAAGGAGUCUUCUCCUAAAGCUUACCAUCACCGCAAUCGGAAAAGAAU